CCCCGGGGCCCAAGGAGCGAGCGCAGAAGGGUUUUGCUCCCUGUAGAGGAGAAGAACCUUUGCCCCGCCGCCGCCGCCGCCGCGCGCUCAGCCUCUCUCUCUCUCCCUCUCUCUCUCUCUCUCUCUCCUUACCCAGCCGCCUCGUGCCCUCGUCCUCUCCCGUCUCCGACCGCGCCGCCGCCACUAGGCCACGGCCGCCGCCCCCUCCCCAAGCCUCGCUUCGCUCCCGCGGGGAUGGAAAGCCCCGAUGGUUCCUCAUUGCCAGACUUUCUUGAGCUCCAGCGCACCCGUGUUCUCUGCAAGGCCGAUGCCCCCACUCAUACAGAAGGGUUUCAAUACUCGGGUGCUUUUGCUGCUAUGGGAGUUGAUACUAGUGUCUCAGUUGAGAAGUUCUGCAAGAACUUUAAAAUCGAGAUAAAUCGACUUACAGAUGAGGAUAUGGAGUUUGAUAUGAUUGGCAUUGAUGCAUCGAUAGCUAAUGCUUUCCGGAGAAUCCUCAUUGCAGAGGUUCCUACAAUGGCCAUUGAGAAAGUCUUCAUGGUUGACAAUACCUCAGUUAUAGCAGACGAGGUCCUUUCACAUCGACUAGGCCUUAUUCCACUUGAUGCUGACCCAAGGCUUUUUGAUUAUAUCUCUGAUGAUGUCCCAAAUGAAAGGAACACUAUUGUGUACAAACUGCAUGUUUCAUGUGAAAAGGGUUCCCAAAGGCUUACAGUUAAGUCUGGUCAAUUGGAGUGGUUGCCAGAAGGCAGCCAAUUAACUAUGGCAUCUCCUGCACAAUCUGGGGACAAUCAGAGGACCUACACAUCCUUUGGUCAAAGCCAACAGAAUACCUCUGAAAGGCCUCUCGAUGUGAAGUAUAAUGACAUAACAAUCGCCAGGCUUGGGCCAGGACAGGCUAUUGAGCUUGAGGCACAUGCUGUUAAGGGAGUGGGGAAAGUUCAUGCGAAGUGGUCUCCAGUUGCUACAGCCUGGUACAGGAUGCUCCCUGAGGUUGUUCUUCUCAAAGAAAUUAAAAAUGGUGAUGCAGAGGAGCUAGUGAAAAAAUGCCCAGUUAAUGUUUUUGACAUUGAAGACCUGGGAAAGGGGGAGAAGAGAGCAGUUGUUGCAAAGCCAAGAGCAUGCACCCUUUGUAGGGAAUGUGUCAGACUGGCUGAUGAUCAAGUAGAGCUACGGCGCGUUAGAGACCACUUCAUUUUUACAAUCGAGUCCACCGGAUCUCUACCGCCAGAGGUGCUCUUCACAGAGGCCGUGAAUAUCCUUGAGGAGAAGUGCGAGCGAGUGAUAUCCGAACUUUCCUGAGCCCGAUAUAAAGUUUUCAGUAAUGUUCUGAUGCAGUUUUUCUGUUACUACUAUGUUGUGUUGAGGACGAAGGCUUAGUGUACUAGUAUAGGUUACUGUAAAACUUCUGUGUCCAAUACUCUGGAGUCACAUUCAGCUAAUUUAUCACCGAGCUGGUAUAUGCAGCUCCUUUCAUCGGAGGAACUUGGAAACUCA